AUGGAGCUGAGCUUCGGCUUGUUUCCAAUCCUUUCUGCGUUCACACUUUUGGUAUUGAUGAUUCUGAAACUAUUGAAGCAAUCUAAACCAAAGUUACCUCCAGGGCCAUGGAAGCUUCCUGUUAUAGGAAGCGUUCAUCAUCUUGCUGGAUCACUUCCACACCAUCGCCUAAGAGACUUGGCAGAUAAACACGGAGCUCUGAUGCAUCUCCAGCUUGGAGAACUUUGUGUUUUUGUCGCCUCAUCACCCGAAACAGCAAAACAAGUGAUGAAAACACAUGAUGCCAUUUUUGCAAAUAGGCCUUUCCAUCUUUCUGCGUAUGUGAUGGGAUAUAAUGGUGCAGGCAUCAUGUUUUCUUCAUACGGGGAAUACUGGAGGCAGCUCCGUAAGAUUUGCACUUUGGAGCUUUUGAGUAGUAAGCAAGUCCAGUCACUUAGAUGGGUAAGAGAAGAAGAGGUGUCAAAAUUCAUCAACUCCAUUAGUGAAGGAUCAUCCAUUAAUCUUCGAAAGAGUCUCUCAUCCCUAAUCUAUGGGAUCACUGAAAGAGCGGCUUUUGGUAAAAAAUGUAAAGAGCAAGACGCAUUCAUCUCGCUUGUUAAUGAAAGCAUAGCUCUUGGAGCAGGAUUUGGCAUUGCGGAUCUCUUCCCUUCAUGGAAACUACUUGCCUUCUUUAGUAAAACCAGACCAAAACUUGACAAAAUUCAUCAACAAUUUGAUCAAAUUCUGAGUAAUGUUAUUGAAGAACACAAGAUUUCAGCAGAUGGUGAAGAUGAAGUGGAUAAAGACCUAGUAGAUGUUUUGUUGAAAGUUCAGAAGCGUGGUGACCUUGGAAUUCCCUUAUCUACUGAUGACAUCAAAGCAGUUAUCUUGGAUAUCUUCAGUGCUGGAAGUGAAUCAUCUUCUAUAAUAGUUGAGUGGGCAAUGUCUGAACUACUAAAGAAUCCACAAAUAAUGAACAAGGCGCAAGCUGAGGUUAGACAGGUGUUUGACAAACGAGGAACAUUUGAUGAAAAAGGUAUUCAAGGAUUAGAAUACCUAGAAUUAGUCAUAAAAGAAACUUUGAGGUUGCACCCUCCAGGCCCUUUGGGACUGCCUAGAGAAAACAGUGAGAGGUGUGAGAUGAAAGGAUUCGAAAUACCUGUGAAGAGCAGAGUGAUAGUGAAUACAUGGGCAAUUAACAGAGAUCCCAAGUAUUGGGAUGAACCUGAAAGUUUUCAUCCAGAGAGAUUCAGAAACAGCAGUUUGGAUUACAGAGGACUUGACUUCAAAUAUAUACCUUUUGGAGCUGGAAGGAGAAUAUGUCCUGGGAUUUCAUAUGGAUUAGCAAAUGUUGAGCUUCCAUUGGCAUCUUUACUCUACCAUUUUGACUGGAAACUGGCAGAUGGAACAGACAACAAGGAUCUUGAUAUGACUGAAGCCUUUGGUGUAACCGUUGGAAGAAAAAACGACCUUAUCCUGAUUCCAACAGCUUAUUAUAAGCCUGUUUACAAAAGUAUGUAA